UGUUACGUGUUCUCUUGCUCUCUGCUCCAACCCCACGCCCACAGGCCAAGAAUCUCUCUCUCUCUCUCUCUCUUUCGGUGAUCACUGAUUUCACAUAAUUUUCCAAAAGACCCUAACAAACAUUCGUUCCGCCGUUUCCUCUGCUGACGUUCUGGAUUCUUCGUCCGUUUUCAAGGACUUUGGAGGAAUUGAAAUAUCAUUUGGAGGAUCAGGUAAAGAAGAAGAUGGUUGGGACUCCAGCGACUCCAUUGUCUAAGAUACAAAGGACCCUUUCAUUCACCCCAGGUGGUCCAAAAAUUCACGAGGAGAAAAUAUUAGUCACUGUUCGGAUGAGGCCUCUCAGCCGGAAGGAACAAGCAAUGUAUGAUCUUAUUGCUUGGGAUUGCAUAGAUGAGCACACCAUUGUAUUCAAGAACCCAAAUCAUGAGCGCACUGCAACUACCUACGCCUUCGAUAAAAUUUUUGGUCUUGAAUGCUCAACUCAGAAGGUUUAUGAAGAAGGUGCUAAGGAUGUUGCUUUAUCUGCACUUACAGGAAUGAAUGCAACGAUUUUUGCAUAUGGGCAGACUAGCAGUGGUAAGACAUUUACCAUGAGAGGAAUUACUGAAAAUGCUGUUAAGGACAUCUAUGAACACAUCAGGAAUCACCCUGAGAGGGAUUUUGUUUUGAGAGUUUCUGCAAUGGAGAUCUACAAUGAAACUGUCAUAGACCUUCUGAAUCGUGAAUCUGGUCCUCUUCGACUUCUAGAUGAUCCUGAGAAAGGGACCAUUGUGGAAAAACUUGUUGAAGAAGUUGUUAAGGAUGGCCAACAUCUUCGGCAUUUAGUUGCCAUUUGUGAAGCUCAAAGGCAGGUGGGAGAAACUGCUCUAAACGAUAAAAGCUCAAGAUCACAUCAGAUAAUCAGGCUGACCAUAAAGAGUAGCCUGCGGGAAAGUUCAGGCCGUGUGAAAUCUUUCAUAGCAAGUUUGAAUCUUGUGGACCUUGCUGGAAGUGAACGUGCCUCUCAAACAAAUGCGGACGGUACAAGAUUGAAGGAAGGCAGUCACAUCAACCGUAGCUUGUUGACACUCACAACAGUGAUCAGGAAAUUAAGUGGUGGCAAAAGGAGUGGUCAUGUACCAUACAGGGAUUCAAAACUCACACGAAUCUUGCAGUCAUCACUAGGGGGAAAUGCUCGGACCGCAAUUAUAUGUACCAUGAGUCCAGCUUUGAGCCAUGUGGAGCAAACAAGGAAUACGCUCUUGUUUGCAACUAGUGCAAAGGAAGUUACCAACAAUGCUCAAGUAAACAUGGUUGUUUCCGACAAGACACUAGUGAAGCAUUUACAGAAGGAAGUGGCCAGACUUGAAGCAGAGCUGCGAAGUCCUGAGCCUUCUUCAUCUUCAUGUUUGAGGUCUAUACUAGAGGAGAAGGACUUAAAAAUACAGCGGAUGGAAAGGGAGAUGGAAGACCUAAAGCGCCAGAGAGACCUUGCACAAUCCCAACUUGAACUACAAAGAAAAUCGCACAAAGUGCAGAAGGGGUUAGACCAAUGUGGGCCUUCUUGUCAAGUCGCUAGGUGUCUUUCUUUUCCGGGUGAGAAUGAAUCAGUUUCCAGUAAAUCUACGCCAGUAACUAGGCCCAGAAAUGCAGGUGGAAGACAGGCAAUGACGAGGCAAUCGGUUACUUCAACAGAUCCAUCCAUGCUUGUGCAUGAAAUCCGAAAACUCGAGCAGCUGCAGAGGCAGCUUGGUGAGGAAGCAAAUCGGGCCCUAGAAGUACUGCAUAACGAGGUUGCUUCACACAGAAUAGGGAGUGGAGAAACUGCUGAAACCAUUGCGAAGCUGCUAUCUGAAAUAAAGGGCAUGCAAGUAGUUAGCUCUGCAUCUGAAGAAAUUGUGAUCGGCAAUAAGGCCAACCUGAUGGAAGAAAUAAAUCGAUUAAAGUCUCAAGGAGGCACUAUAGAAUCUCUUGAAAAGAAGCUUGAGAAUGUUCAGGAAUCUAUAGACAAGCUGGUUUCAUCUUUCCCAAGUGGCGAAGAGACUCCUGAGUGCAAGACCCAAUCUAAAAAGAAGAAGUUUCUUCCUUUUGCCAUGAGCAACAAUGCAAACAUGCAAAACAUAAUCCGAUCCCCAUGCUCACCUCUGUCGUCCUCUCGUAAGAUGAUGGAUUAUGAGACAGAGAACAAAGUCCCUGAGAAUAAUGGUGUUUUGCCUAGUAAUGUAACAUUCCCAAGGCCUUGUCAAGUAACUCCAGUAAAGAGUGAUGAACAUGGUCAUUGUAACCCAUCAAGAGAGGGAACUCCUGCUACACAGCAAUUGAAUUCAGUUAAUGUGAAGAAAAUGCAGAGGAUGUUCAAGAAUGCUGCUGAGGAGAACAUUCGGAGCAUUAGAGCCUAUGUUACCGAGUUAAAAGAACGGGUGGCAAAGUUGCAAUACCAAAAGCAGCUUCUUGUUUGCCAGGUAUUGGAGCUGGAGAAUGUGGCUGGAACUGACGAGCCCAAUGUAAUUGAUCAGACUCCACCAAAGCCAUGGCACUUAAAGUUUGAGGAUGAGAGAAAGCAAAUUGUCAUGUUAUGGCAUUUGUGCCAUGUCUCAAUUGUGCAUCGUACUCAAUUUUACGUGUUAUUCAGGGGAGACCCUGCUGAUGAGAUAUAUAUGGAGGUGGAACUUAGAAGGUUGACAUGGUUGGAGCAGCACUUUGCAGAGCUUGGCAAUGCCAGUCCCGCACUUCUAGGCGAUGAACCUGCAGGCUCUGUUUCGGCAAGUAUCAAGGCUCUUAAGCAAGAAAGGGAAUAUCUGGCCAAGAGGGUGAGCUCUAAGCUAACAACAGAGGAAAGAGAAAUGCUUUACACAAAAUGGGAAGUUCCUCCAGUAGGAAAACAAAGGAGAUUGCAAUUAGUGAACAAAUUGUGGACGGACCCUCAUAACAUGCAGCAUGUACAAGAGAGUGCUGAAAUUGUUGCCAAGUUGGUGGGCUUCUGCGAAUCCGGCGAACAUGUUAGUAAGGAGAUGUUUGAGCUCAACUUUUCACGCCCUUCCGAUAAGAAGACAUGGAUGGGCUGGAAUUUAAUUUCAAAUCUCUUAAAUCUGUAACCAGACAGACACUCUGUGGUUUAACUACAUUAUUAAAUCUUUCUUAUGUUAAAUCUAGAAGCAUUUUUUGGGUUGCCCAGAGUUAGAAUUUUUGUAAUUAAAUUGAAGUUGUAAUAGAAAUAACAAUUGGUGUCAUACUCCCUCUCUGACGGGACGGUGUGGCCGCGUCAGCAAGUUGUUGACAUGGAGCUUAAACCUA